GAAGAAACAGAAAUAGACUGAGAAUAAACCUUUAAACAUCCUUUUGAAGGGAAAACUAUCUUUUCGUCAGCCUUCAUUUUAGAGCGUACUGAACCAUCUUACACCUGACACGUGAAGAGAAGGAUCCAGCUGAGAAAAUGAAGUGCACGCACGUCACUCUUGUUGCUGCAGUCCUUGUUGCAUGUAUUUGCAUCCUCCAAACUGCUGCGGUUCCAUUCACACAGGUGCAAGAUGAGCAUCAUUUGGAGACUGACGCCUCACAUGAGAACCAGCACAUGACAGAAACGUCACUGGAGCAAUCAAAUCCUCUGGCACUCUUCAGGACAAAACGCCAAAGCCAUCUUUCCCUGUGCAGAUAUUGCUGCAAAUGUUGUCGCAACAAAGGAUGUGGAUUCUGCUGCAAAUUUUGAUUUCAUAAAAGGGAUAAAAACUGCCUUGGAACAUUAACGUAUUUGGACUUUUGCCUUCAAAAUUCCUGCUGAAGUGAUCUCCCUGUCUACGGACUGAAACGAGACAAGCCAUGUUGUGUAAAGCUCAAAACGGGUAUUAAUGUUUUGUGUACUACUUUGUACAUUUUAAAGCUCCUGAAAUGUAAAAGUCUUGUCUGGACAAAACAAUGUAUGUUUUUUUCUACCUCUGUUGUGUGUAUAUAUAUAUAUAUAUAUGUAUAUAUAUUUGUAGGCCUGCUAUAGAUAGACAUUGCUAAUCAUUGGUUGUUUAGUGCAGAAAAGCUUUUAAGAUUUUUAAUAAAAUCACUCUAA